AUGUUUCAGAUCAAUCAGCUUACCAAUAUUCAUGGUUUUUCAAAGGGUUUAGAGGUGGAUGAUGAUAGGCAAGUAGGAAGCGAAAAGUGUCAUGUGAUCAAUUCUCAUCAUCCAUUUCCAGCCCCUGUAUUGGCAAGUUCAAAAAGGGAUCAUGAUCAUGAUCAUUGUGAUGAUGGUUCAGAUUUUAAUGAUCUCUUCCAAUUUGAUAUGGGAUUGAUCCAACCAUUAACCCAUCAGGCUUCAUUAUGUGAUGAUGAUGACCAAAAUCCGGAUGAUGAAAAUCCAGGAGUUCAGAGAGAAAGGCCAUAUUCAGCAUCACUUCAUAUUUUGAGGAGUUAUAAAAGCAGGCUCAGAAAGUUGAACGUUCACAAAGUACAACUCCCCGGAGGAUAUCCUGAAAAAGAAGACUUUACAGGUUUCACAAUCUGCAACAAUGACAAUGGCAGCCAGAAAUUGUCAACUAAUUGUAUCUUAAGGUUGGCUGCUGAGAAUUUCAUCGAAUGUUCGACCAAAGGUGAUACCGAAUCAUCCGCCAUUAACCAUCCUUACGCCAGCGCAUUCGCUGGUUUGUGUCAGGAAGAUGCAAAAGCUGUCCAGCUUGUUCAGUUUCUUCUUGCAUCAGCUGAAAAAGUUGGGAGGAAGCAGUUUGGAAGGGCAAGUAAGCUCCUGAUUGAGUGUGAUAAGGGAAGCUCUGAUCAGGGAAGUACUAUUGAAAGGCUGGUGUACUAUUACUCAGGUGCCCUUCAGGAAAGGAUUGAUCGCGAAACCGGCACUUUUAGCCCACGAGGUUUAGGGAACAAGCAAUGCAAAGAUAUGCUGGAGACGAUGGGAGGUCCAUCCCCUGAUAUUAUGGCAAUGCAGAAUAAUGUACCCUUUGGUCAGAUUUUUCAGUUUGCUGGAAUCCAGGCUGUUUUAGAUCAUGUGGGUGAUGCUACGAAGAUUCAUGUGGUCGAUCUUGAGAUAAGGACUGGAAUGCAUUGGACGAUUUUGAUGCAAGCUCUCGCGACUAAGGUCACGAAUCCUGUUGAAUAUGUUAAGAUAACUGCAGUAGGAACCAAAUCCAGGGCUAAUCUCGAGGCAACUAGGGACCGGCUUGCCAGCUUUGCAAGGAGUUUGAACUUAAAAUUCUACUUCAACAUUGUCAUGGUUGAUCAGAUCAUGGAUCUAAAUGAGUCCCUUUUUGAGGUUAAACCAGAUGAAGCAGUAGCUGUUUGGGCUGAUUUCUUUUUAAUGUUCAUGAUUGGGAGGCAAGAUGUGCUUGAGUCCCUGAUGAAUGUGGUCAGAGCCCUUAAGCCCAAAAUCAUGGUUGUUACAGAAGUUGAGGGAAACAAUAAUUCCCCGGUUUUUGUGACCCGCUUCAUCGAGUCCCUUUUUCACUAUGGCGGUUUCUUUGACUGUUUGGAAGACUGCCUGAAGCAUGAUCCAACAAACAGGUAUUAUGUUGAGUACGUCUAUUUUAGUCAGGCAAUUCGAAGCAUUGUUGCUACUGAAGGCGCAGAACGGACAAUUAGGCAUGUCGCGGUGCAUGUUUGGAGAUCUUUUUUUGCGCGCUUUGGGUUUGUUCAGGCGGAACUAAGCAGCUCUUCCAUGUAUCAAGCGAAUUUAGUUCUUGAGAAUUUUGCAUGUGGGAAAUCAUGCACACUUGAUAUGGAUGGGAAAUGUCUUAUAGUUGGGUGGAAAGGAACUCCAAUCUAUUCACUUUCUGCAUGGCGGAUAAGAUGA